UUCUUGAGAGUGUUUUCGAAAAAAUUCAUAUCAAAUAAAUUUAUAUUUAAAAAAAAAUUCAUAAGAAUUUAAUAAAAUUUUAAGUGCUUUUUGAAAAAAAAUAUUAAUAUACCAAAAUGAAAUUCCUUUUGAUUGCUUUCGCUUUAGUUGGCAUUGCUGCCGCCGCUACUCUCCCCGAUAGUGCCACUCAGGGCCCUAAUCCCCAGGAUAUUGCCACACCUGAACCAGAAUACAUCGAUAUUGAUUUGCCUGAACCAGCUCCUGCUCCCAAACCAGCCCCAGUACCAAAACCAGUCUUUGCCGUUCCCGCCCCCAGACCCGUACAACGUCCCGUCCAAGCUGCCUCUUUCGCCGCCCCCCUUGUCCAACACUUGCAACCCCAAUUCGCUCAACCUCAAUUGCCUGGUCAUUUCCAUGGACAAUCCGGUUACCAAUACAGACGUCCCGUUUAUGUCAGACGUGUCUACCGUCGUCGUUAUUAAGUAAGAGGAUCAAGAAGACUUAAAGACUCCCACAUAAAAUAAAUCAUGGUUCAAACUAAAAAAAAGAAGGAUGUUAGUAGGAGAGAUUAAUUCAUUGUAUUAUUAAGGUUUCAUUAUGACAAAAACAACUCAAAAGGAACAGUCAUUUUUGUAUUAAAACCCCCCUGUUUUUAGUUUUAAAUAUUUUUGUUUAAUAUUUUUUUUUUUGUUUUGUAAAGUAUCAAAAUCAUAGUGUUAGAAAGUACAAAGAGACAAAUGAUGUGUUAAAAAAAAUCUUGUUAAAAAAAGCACAUAAAAAAACGAAAUA